GCUGUCUGGGCCUUGGGGAACAUAGCAGGAGAUAACUCCGAGUGCCGGGACUUCGUGUUGAACUGUGGAAUCCUCCCGUCUCUGCAGCAGCUGCUGGUUAAAUCGAACCGUCUCACGACGACCCGAAACGCCGUGUGGGCUCUGUCCAACCUGUGCCGGGGGAAGAACCCACCACCAGAUUUUACCAAGGUGUGUCCUUGUCUUAGUGUUCUGUCCAGGCUUCUGUUCAGCAGCGACCCAGACGUUCUGGCUGAUGCUUGCUGGGCUCUGUCCUAUCUGUCCGAUGGACCCAAUGAGAAGAUCCAGACAGUCAUCGACUCGGGAGUCUGCCGCCGGCUGGUGGAGCUGCUGAUGCACAGUGACUAUAAGGUUGUUUCUCCUGCUUUACGGGCUGUAGGAAACAUCGUGACAGGAGAUGACGUCCAGACUCAGGUAAUCUUGAACUGUUCAGCGCUGCCAUGUUUACUGCACCUCCUCAGCAGCCCCAAAGAGUCCAUAAAGAAGGAGGCGUGUUGGACCGUGUCCAACAUCACCGCAGGAAACCGGGCUCAGAUCCAGAAUGUGAUAGACGCCAACAUUUUCCCCGUGCUGAUCGAGAUCCUCCAGAAAGCCGAGUUCCGCACGAGGAAGGAAGCGGCGUGGGCCAUUACUAACGCCACAUCUGGAGGCACAUCUGCACAGAUCAGGUACCUGGUGUCUCUGAACAUCAUCAAACCCAUGUGUGACCUGCUGACGGUGAUGGACUCUAAGAUCGUGCAGGUGUCUCUGAACGGUCUGGAGAACAUCCUCAGGCUGGGAGAACAGGAGGCCAAACUAAAUGAGACCGGCAUCAACUCGUACUGCGCGCUCAUCGAGGAGGCUUAUGGCUUGGAUAAGAUCGAGUUCCUGCAGAGCCACGAGAACCAGGAGAUCUACCAGAAGGCCUUCGACCUGAUCGAGCGCUACUUCGGCGUGGAGGUGGAGGAUGCUAGCCUGGCUCCACAGGUGGAUCAGAACCAAGGCCAGUUUGUUUUCCAGCAGCAGGAAGGACCUGUGGAGGGUUUCCAGCUCUGACCCGGCCUUCGUCUUCACAGCCCAGUUACCUAGACCACCACUUCUCCCAGACCUGGACUCCUGCUCCUCUGGAGACCUGUGGAAGGUUCUGAACAUGGAGAUGGGACGGUUCUCCUGUUGGACUGAGAAUGUGAAAGUCUGGUCUCCACAGGACUCAUGAGAUGAUGAAGACCAGCUUUUACCAAAAGCCUGUGGUUGACUGUUUCCACUAAUUGAUGAUGGUGAUGAUGAUGAUGAUGAUGGUGAUGGUGAUGAUGAUGAUGGUGAUGGUGAUGAUGAUGAUGAUGAUGAUGAUGGUGAUGGUGAUGAUGAUGAUGGUUUAUAUUAUUUGUGUUGCUGUCUAUAAAUCAACAUCCCUUUCCAGAAUGUGAAACUA